UUUUCUGCCAUUAUCAGUUUUAAUUUUCUUCCUUACGUUCUUCUUCAUCAAAUGGCAUAAGCUGGAGAGAAAGGAUACGAACCGAUCGUCUUCUCACUUCUCGAAACAUUCGAUUUCCCUUGAUUCGCCGGAGAAGAGCCAUGAAAACCUCUCUCCGACGCUUGCGAGGGGUGAUUCACAGGCACGAAUCUAAGGAUCGGAGAGAUCUCCGAGCUCUUGUUCAGAACGACGAGCUCGCCCAGGCUUCGCAGAUGUUGGAUUGGAUUCAAUGUUAGCUUGGUGGUGGAUCUUGUAAAUUGUUGAAUUGAAUCAUCAUCACCUUCACUUGGUGUGUGGCCUACUGUGUUUAUGGGAUGAGAUUAUUGAAAUGUCUCUCAAAAUGUUUUGGCAGGACGUGCAAGACAUGAGGGAUUGCUAUGAUAGCUUGCUCUCUGCUGCGGCUGCUACUGCUAAUAGCGCAUAUGAAUUUUCUGAAUCUUUAAGAGAACUGGGUGCUUGUCUUCUUGAGAAAACUGCUUUAAAUGACGAUGAAGAAAGUGGUAGAGUGUUGCUUAUGCUGGGGAAAUUGCAGUUUGAGCUGCAAAAACUUGUUGAUAAAUAUCGGUCUCAUAUAUUCCAAACGAUCACAAUCCCCUCAGAGUCACUUCUUAAUGAACUCCGCAUAGUUGAGGAAAUGAUGCGGCUUUGUGAUGAGAAAAGGAAUGUUUAUGAAGGGAUGCUUGCAAGACAGAAGGAGAAAGGGAGGUCUAAGGCUGGGAAAGGAGAAUUUUUUUCGACUCAGCAGAUACAAGAAGCUCAUGAUGAAUAUGAUAACGAGACAACUUUGUUUGUUUUCCGCUUAAAAUCCUUAAAACAAGGGCAAACACGUAGUCUUUUGACUCAGGCAGCACGGCACCAUGCAGCACAGUUAUGCUUCUUCAAGAAGGCUCUUAAUUCCCUUGAAGAAGUUGAGCCACAUGUGCAGAUGGUAACUGAGUCGCAGCAUAUUGAUUACCAUUUCAGUGGAUUAGAAGAUGAUGAUGGCGAUGAUGAAAUCGAAAACAAUGACGACGAUGGCUCUGAGGUGCAUACUGAUGGAGAGUUGAGUUUUGAAUAUAGAGAGAAUGACAAGGACAACAAUGCGGAUUCUUCACCCGUUCUCUCCUCAGAGUUGGGUCAGUCAGACAUCACGUUUCCACUCGUUGCAGGACCGAACACUGCGCAGCAGAAACAUGAGGAAGGAAACUACAGGAAGUCUUAUUCUUUUAGGAGAGAUGUUAGGAUAGAGAGCCAAUCAGCACCUCUCUUUUUUGAGAACCGCACAACUCUUCCUUCUUCAGAUAAACUGUUACGGAUGCGAUCAUCUCUGACACGGAAGUUCAGCACUUAUGCAUUGCCGACACCUGCGGAAACAACAAGAAGUCCCUCAUCUAUUACAAGUCUUCGUCACAACAACAUGGCUUCAUCUAACCCUGCAAAGGCAUUGACAAAACAGGUUUGGCAUUCAUCCCCAUUGGAUGCGCGUGGACCUGCAAAGCUCUCUUCUAGACCAAUGGCAACCUUGAAAGAACAAGUACUGAGAGAGAGUAACAAGAAUGUAUCUUCUCGGUUGCCUCCGCCUUUAUCAGAUGGACUAAUGUACUCUCGUAUCGGGACUCUCAAGAGACGAUCCUUCUCUGGUCCAAUUACAAGUAGACCCUUACCUAACAAGCCUCUGUCUUCAGCGCCUCGUUUAUACUCAGGUCCAAUCCCAAGGAAUCCAGUUUCCAAGUUACCAAAAGUGUCGUCAUCAUCCCCAACUGCUUCCCCUACUUUUGUCUCAACCCCGAAAAUAAGCGAGCUCCAUGAGCUUCCUAGACCACCACCACCAAGCAGCUACGCUAAGUCCUCUAGGGCAUUUGGAUACUCAGCACCUCUGGUUUCGAAGAGCCAAUUGCUUAGUAAACCUCUAAUUUCAAGUUCACCAUCUCCUCUCCCAACACCACCACCUGCAAUCAUUCGUAGCUUCUCUAUACCUACUAGCAACCUUAGAGCAGCAGAUUUAGAUAUGUCUAAGACGACUCCCUCUCCUCCUUUAACCCCAAUGUCAUUGACCCAUCCACCUCCUUCUGCUCUCCCUGAGCUUGCAGACCACCUAACGAUGUCCAAACAAGAGGUAAACCAUAAGUUCUGAUCCGUGUUCUAAGUGUAAAAUCCAUGAUUGUUCUGAUAUUUAUGGUAAUGGGUGAAUUGCAGAGGACUUAAAGGUGUAAGUUGUUUGUAGCUCUACCUAAACACGCUUAUAGGAGGAGGAAGACAUUCCCUCUAGUUGCAGAUAUGUAAAUAUCCUCCUGUUUUGUUCCGAGGAUGAGAGGCAUACAGUAAUAAAUAAUUUCCCGAGGAAUUUUGGUUUUCUAUAAUCACAAUAUAUAAUAGUGGUUAAAGUAAUGUCUGAGUUUUUUCUUUA